CACAAAAGAACUUUGGGAGUUCGGUGCCUCUGUCGUUAGGCAGUUACGCUGGUAGCAUGUUUAUUCGGCGUGGUCCCUCUGCUGAGAGAGGACCCGCUUCCUUCCGAUGCCCUAGACUGCCGUUUGUUUAGCUGGAGAACUUAAUGAGUAAUGAAUGUGCUCGGCUGGCUGAUAGAAAGUAUUUCCACAGCCUGCGGCUGUGUUUAUAGAGAGCCGGAGAGAGACCACAGGCAGCAAUUUGUCUUCUUAGGUAUCAGCAAAGUCUUCUCUUUUAACAACUACAGGAUUUAUUUUUAACUGCUUGACUCAGUGUUUUGUCAGAUGAUUCGGACCAUCAAACUGCAGAUGGAAGUACCCAGCACGCGGGGGAAGCUGGAAUGGCAAGGGGAAGGGGGCUGGCUGGGAAAAGGGGUGGGAUUUCAGCAUCGUGCCUCCAGGGCUCUGCCUCCCAAUGUGGGAGAGAGUUUAGGGCUUCCAGCGGCAUGAGUGUAUUUGCAGGUCAGGCUGGGAACUGAGGGGGAAUGGCUGCCUUCAGCUGCUUAAAGACAUAAUUGCCCAGUGAUUGGGGUCUUGUGAGGAGGAACCCAGGAUCCAGGGACCGGGGACCAGAGUGUGCUGAGCGCUGGUCUCUGCUGCGCGGCAGAUUGCGCUUUGCUCCUGCUUGAUGCUGCCUGUCUCCAGAAGCCUCUCACCAUGAUCGAUAGCUCCAAGAAGCAGCAACAGGGCUUCCCAGAGAUUUUAACUGCUGGGGAUUUCGAACCAUUAAAAGAAAAGGAAUGCCUUGAGGGGAGCAACCAGAAAAGUCUCAAGGAAGUGCUCCAGCUGAGACUGCAGCAAAGGAGGACAAGGGAGCAACUGGUGGACCAGGGCAUCAUGCCACCUUUGAAGAGCCCAGCUGCAUUCCAUGAGCAGAUAAAAAGCUUGGAACGAGCCAGAACUGAAAACUUUUUGAAGCAUAAGAUUCGGAGCCGACCAGAUCGUUCUGAACUUGUCAGGAUGCACAUUUUAGAAGAGACAUUUGCAGAGCCGUCCUUGCAGGCCACUCAGAUGAAGCUGAAAAGAGCUCGACUAGCUGAUGAUCUGAAUGAAAAGAUUGCUCAAAGACCUGGUCCUAUGGAGCUGGUAGAGAAGAACAUCCUUCCCGUAGACUCCAGUGUUAAGGAAGCAAUUAUAGGCGUUGGGAAGGACGACUAUCCUCAGACUCAGGGUGAUUUCUCAUUUGACGAAGACAGCAGUGAUGCCUUGUCUCCAGACCAGCCAGCCAGCCAGGAGUCACAGGGGUCAGCCGCAUCCCCAAGUGAGCCGAAAGUUAGCGAAUCUCCGUCUCCUGUGACUACAAACACUCCAGCCCAGUUUACUUCACUGUCCCCAGCAGUUCCUGAAUUCUUGAAAACUCCUACUACGGAUCAGCCCCCCACCAGGUCCACAGCUCCUGUGGUCCCCACGAACACUGUGUCCUCAGCAAAGCCUGGGCCAGCGCUGGUAAAGCAAAGCCAUCCCAAGAAUCCCAACGACAAACACCGCAGCAAGAAGUGCAAAGACCCCAAGCCCCGGGUAAAGAAGCUGAAGUACCACCAGUACAUCCCCCCCGACCAGAAAGGGGAGAAGAACGAGCCGCAGAUGGACUCCAACUACGCCCGGCUGCUGCAGCAGCAGCAGCUCUUCCUGCAGCUGCAGAUCCUGAGCCAGCAGCAGCAGCACUACAACUACCAGACCAUCCUGCCGGCGCCACUCAAGCCACUCAAUGACAAAAAUAACAACAGUGGGAAUUCAGCUCUGAACAAUACCACACCUAACACUCCAAGACAGAAUACAUCUGCUCCUGUGAGAAAGCCGGGACCUCUGCCUUCUAGCUUGGAUGACUUAAAGGUGUCAGAACUGAAGACAGAACUGAAGCUAAGGGGUCUUCCGGUGUCAGGCACCAAACCGGACCUCAUCGAGCGCCUGAAACCCUACCAGGAAAUGAACAGCAGCGGCGUCGCGGCGGGGGGCGUCCUGGCGGUGCCCGCGUCUGCCAUAGUCACCAGUAGCCCCGACGUCACCGUGGCCCUGCCCAUCACAACACUGCACAACCCUGUGUCAAGCUCGGGCUCCUCCUUCAAGGCAGAAGUGCCGCCGGCGGGCCCGGGCACCGUCUCCCACGCCGAGACCGUCAGCUCCCCUCUGCCCAUCUCGCCGUCCCCCUCCGAACAGUCCAGUCUCGGGACCGAGGACACUCUCACCGAGAUUAUGACCAUGAUGUCGCCGGCGCAGUUCCUGUGCUCAUCCCCUCUGCGCGUCACGGGCCCUGACGACAGCCCGAGCCCCACCAGCAGCACGCUGUCGAGUCUGGAACUGGACGCGGCUGAGAAGGACCGCAAGCUGCAGGAGAAGGAGAAGCAGAUCGAGGAGCUCAAGAGGAAACUGGAACAAGAGCAGAAGCUCGUGGAAGUUCUGAAAAUGCAGCUCGAGGUGGAGAAGCGAGGGCAGCGGCAGCCUCCGCUGCUGGAAGCGCAGGUCAGCGCUGCGGCCAGCCCUGCAGCCAAGUUAGACCAGAAGCACGGCGGCGGCUCUGUCAAGGACGAGACCUCGCCCAGCGACUGCUCCGCCCCCAGGCAGCCGGGCCCGCCCGCCAGCCAGCCCCUGGCAACGGGGAGCCAGGCCCUGGCGGCCAAAAAGGCGGUAGUGAUCAAGCAGGAGGUCCCCGGGGCGCAGGCGGAGCUGCAGAGCGUGGUGCCGCAGUUUUACGUGAGUUCGCAGGGACAGCCACCGCCUGCCCUUGUCGCUCGGCCUCAGGCUUUACUGACCACGCAGACGGCCCAGCUGCUGCUGCCGCUGUCCAUCCCAGGCUCCAGUGUCACCUCAGUGCAGCUCCCCGUAGGCAGCCUCAAACUCCAGACUCCAGCACAAGCAGGAAUCCAGACUCAGCCUCAGACAGCAACUGCCACCCUGUCCUCAGGCUUAGCCCAGACUGUACCUCAGAAGCAAGACACUUUCACACCACAUGUGCUCAGUCAGCCUCAGCAAGUUAGAAAGGUCUUCACAACCUCGGCAUCGAACACCGUUCUCCCCUACCCAAGAGCACCCGCUCCAGCAGUCCAGCAGCCCUUUGUCAGUAAGACGCCCACCAGCGUUCUGCAGUCCAGAGGUGCCCCACGUGCCUCCCUGCAGAACGGACCUACCACUUCCAGUAAGCCCGGCUCGCCCCCGCCACCCCAGCAGUGUGUCGUCCAGCACUCCCUGUUUGGGAGCCCAGUCCCCAAGACGAAAGACCCUCCCCGCUACGAGGAGGCCAUCAAGCAGACGCGCAGUGCCCAGUCCUCCCUUCCAGAGAUUUCCAAUGCACACAGCCAGCAGAUGGACGACCUCUUUGAUAUCCUCAUUAAGAGUGGAGAGAUUUCCCUCCCUAUCAAAGAAGAGCCUUCACCUAUUUCCAAAAUGAGACCAGUGACAGCCAGCAUCACCACAAUGCCAGUCAAUACAGUGGUGUCCCGGCCACCACCCCAAGUCCAGAUGGCACCACCCAUCUCCUUAGAACCCAUGAGCAGUUUAUCUGCCAGCUUAGAGAACCAGCUAGAAGCUUUCUUGGAUGGAACUUUACCUUCGGCCAACGAAAUUGCUCCACUACAAAGCAGCAGUGACGACAGGGAGCCCUUCUCUCUGAUCGAGGACCUCCAGAACGAUCUGCUGAGUCACUCAAGUGUGCUGGACCACUCACACUCCCCCAUGGAGACUUCAGAGGCCCAGUUUGCUGCCAGCACCCCAUGCCUGUCACUUGACCUUUCGGACUCAAACUUGGACAACAUGGAGUGGCUGGACAUUACCAUGCCUAACACGUCAGGACUCACUCCCCUCAGCACGCCCGCUCCCAGCAUGUUCUCCGCUGACUUUCUAGAUCCACAGGACCUGCCCUUGCCGUGGGACUAACGUCACAGAUUGUCCUUCGAGUCCAUGACGUUUAAGAAGAUGAAGAUCAUUCUCAAAGGUCCGUUUUUAGAGACAGAUCCAUAGUUGCAUUGUUGCAAUUACAAUACGUUGUCACAGGAAGAAGGGAUGGAUGGUCACAGCCUGGAAACCGAGUGUGAAAACAUUUCACUGCGCUCAGCAGUGAAUUUCUACAACUUAACAUAGCACAGGGCCUUCUGAAAAAUCACUGGUCAAAGAAGACUCACCUGUUUCUCCAGACUUUGGCAAAGAAUGAAUAAAGACAUACAGAAGAGUGACGUGUGCAGGAGCGCGACACGAGGAUGCUCUGGUCAUCAACCGAACUACAGUUACGCCUCUGCGGUCACUUUGAGACCCCACCUACAAGACAGAUAGCUCCACUCCCAUGAGAGCGCCCGUGGCGGCAGGUGAGCGGCCCCUGCAUGCGGUCUGUCCUAGAACAGGCCGGAGCCGGGCCCCGGGCGGCGGAGGCCGUGGAGGGUGCCCGCCCGUUCCCAGACAGCUUGCAGCUGCAGACUUCUGCUUCCGUUCAGAAACCGACAUCGUGUUUCUGGGUCGUAGUUUGAGGUUUGGGGGAUCCUACCGGAGCUUCCCACAUUGAAAUUGAAGUGGAAGAUCUUUCACUGUCACCUGAUGUCUCCAAAAUACUGUCUUAAACCAUCCACUGUACAAAGUCCACGUAUACUGAUAACACUGAAAAUUCUAUUAGCGACCCUCGCGGUUGAUUAGAUGGAUUUUAAUGUGUAUAUUAGACAUUUGUAUGUACACUCUGACAUUGUGAUAUGUACAGCCUACAUUGGGGUAAGGAAUUGGGUAUCCAGUGGUCCUACUUGUUUUAGUAACUCAACUAUUUCUAGAGUACUUGAGCCAUGUGUAUUUCCAUAUUUAAAGAAAUGCUGACUGAUUUCAGGUAACCAGACCCAUCUCAAAGAACCAAGGAAGGCUUUAGUGUAAAAUACCCUUCUGAGCUGUUGAGUUGCAAAGAGAGGGCAGAGGAGAAGUGUGCCAGGAGCCCCGAACAUUCUUGCAGGGGCUCCGGGUGAGACUCUCAGUGGGCUGGCUGCCGGGCCCCAGCUCUGGCCGCCUCUUCUCAGCCGUUUUCCCAGACGGUCAUUUUUCAGGCUUGUAACUGGAUGAUAUACGCGAGCUCUCACUAGAUUACCAAGCCGAAGAUAGAAAAACUGGAGGUUUUACUAGUCGUUGUUUUAGAUAGAAAAGUUAUCACACAUUUGCUGAGUAGUUUCUUAAGAAUUUUCUAAAAUGCCAACUAUCACAGGAUUUCCAGACUUAUUUCAGGCUAGUCAUUUAAGGAUAUGACAAAAUGUAAAUAACGGAAAGAAAAUCUACGAAAAAGUGUGAGGGUGUUUGUUAAAUAAUAUUAUCACACUCUACACCCCAAUUUGUGUAAACCCAAGGGUCAGGUUGCUUUCUCUGGGUCUUUAGAUGGUGAUAUUCCCACAGUGACAUGCAAGAGCCAACCUGACCCAUUAUUCGGAAAGAAUUUGGGCAUCACCUGGGUUUGUGCUUUGCCUAAGAGCUGAUCUUAUUUCAUAUCUUUAUCUUGGUUUGUAGAUUUUACUCCAUGUAAGGAAAGUUUGUUUUUCCAGUAUUCAGCCGCCCAGAACACUGGAGCCCUCUGUUAACUGGCAUUUCCCAACUUGAAAGACUUCGGAAGGGUUCAGGGCAGAAGCGGUUAUGCUCACUGUGGUCUGAGGGAGUAGUUUAAACGUUUAGAAACUGGUAAUCCCACGCCUGGAAUCCAGUAACCUGGUUCAGCACAACACCGCCGUGUGAGCCAGGCCAAGAGAGUGUGUCACCCCGGGUGGGACGGGCGGCCCCAAUCCGUCCCCUCCAGAAGGGCCUGUCUCUGAGGACAGGGCUGUCUACUCGGGCAGGUACUUGUCUAGGGGUGGUCUUGGCUGUGGGUUUUUGUCUGGGGCUUACCGCCUCCACACGUGGACUCAUAGGAGGCAAGUGACCAGCUAGCGCUGUUGACUCUCACGGACUUUGUAUUUCCACCAGCCUGAGUUAUGCACCUGGAUGCUUUCCUCGCCCUCGGCUCUCCCGUUGCUUUUUCAAAACAAGGUCUGAAACGUGCCACAGGAAGGGUGCUGUCCAAAAAUACACACUUGAGUGCAGAGAAUGCCAGCCCACUAGCCUGCUUGCUUUUGACUAGGAAUUGCUGAAGUACCCACUUCACACAUGGGUUUCAAACCCUUACGUACGGGGCUUCCUCGAAAGGGAGGGCAAGGAGCCUCCCAACCCGAACUCCACCAGCCCUCCACUCGUACCAUUCCACCGGGCCCUCCCGUCCUGGCUUGGGUGGCAGGCCGGGCUUGCGUGGCAGGGAGGCCGCCGCCCAGGGUCCCAGCUCCGUGUUCGAGGUUAGCGUGAGGACGCAGAUGUGUGCAGCAGGUGACGUGACCAAAGACGAUACUGUCAUCGAGGCCCCUCUGACGACCUGACUCGCUGUACACAGGGUAAGCGGCGGGAAAGGUGUGCACCACAGAGGACUAUCUUUAUCAUCACAGCCAUAAAGCACAGGGCAGGCCGGCGGGAUGCGUGCGUGUAGCGUAGACGUGGGAGUGUGGUCCGUCGUCUUGCAGAACAUCAUAUUGCCAAGGAAAGAACCAGCUCCUGGACGUGUGCUCUCUCCCAUCCAGUCUGACUUCCCUGAAUAUUCCCGAAGCACCGCUGCAUCAAGCUCGCCUCUCCAGGGUAUGCAGGUACCGGCUCAUGUCCUCUGGGGUGGGAUGCAUGGGAAGCCCAGAGCUUCUCCGGGCUUUGCGAGUCUAGGGGCCUGGGGUCACCUUGUAGAUUUCAGCAGCAUGUGUCUAGGGAGGCCCCUCCGGCGUGUUGCUGGGGGUUCACGUGCUAGCGUUCUUCCUGAAUUGUGCAAUCUACUGUACAGUAUUGGCCACAUAUUUGUACAUAGAUAUAUUCUCAAUUCGUGGGGUUUCUUGCUCAGAUACUCUGUGUUUUAUAGGACUAUUUUUAUAAUACUAGAGAGAUCUUAUUUAAGUUUCCUUUUUUAAAAACUGCCCGGUUCUGUGAUCCAUGUAACUGACACUUUAGGAAGUGCGAUUUUGGAAGGCAGUCCGGUGCACCCCCGAGUGAUGUAUCGGCAGCAUGUCACCCGUUUGGUCACCACAGUGGACUCAGGCUUCCUCUGCCCUCCCCCCCAGAUCAUUCCAGGCCACCUCGCUUUCUUUGGCGCCCGUUCAGAAUUCCCAGGCUGAAACCAGCUAUGCAGCUGUCCCCACAAGUGGUGGGACAGUCCCUCUCCCGUCCCCAGACUGGCUCCUGCCGGCAGUCACUUUAGAUAGGGACGGCCCAUUUCUCCGGAUCCACACAGAACCCUCCAUGUUGUGUCACCCCUCUCCUCACACAUGCAUACUCCUGACCCCUGGCAACAGAGCAGACUACCGAACUGUCCACUGCCCUGGAGGCCACGGAAUUAGCCCAGGUGAUCCAAGCACAUUAACUGGAAGGGCAGCUCCAUCGAGGAGCACAGCUUCCGAGGGCAGGUCUGUGUGCUUGGAGAGCAUCCUAACUGCGCUUCGGCUCACCUUCUAAGUGGCUGCAGUCCCCACUGGAAAAUAACAAGAUGCGGCCAUUCUUUGCCUUGUCUCCAACCCUGCCGACGCGCGGGUCUGUCCGGGCCACCUUUUCCAUUUGUGAAGUGACUCUGCCUGCAGGACCACAAGGAGGCUCCCGUGUGCUCCCCAUUCACCCCUCCUCGCACUAUCCGAGGAGUAUGUGCGUCCCCGCAGAGGCUUUCUAAGCCGCGAUCUUGGAUUCGAGGCCCGGGCGCCACCCAGCUGCCCGUGUUUACAAAAGAGCGCUUCCCCCUCUGCACUAACACAUCGCUCUGUGAAUCGUGACUGGGAAAUGUCACCAUUCCGUGACAGCAGGAUGGCAAUCUCAGACCAGAGGUGCCGUCUGGAAUCAAAACAGGUCACUGGCGAUAAUCAGCACAGCUAGUCAUGUUCAACAGAGCUUUGUGCCAACUACUAAGACAAAGCUUUAACCAAGUUCAUAGAAUCACCGAGACUCGUAACAAUUACCUCUCGACGUUCUGCUGUAAGGAAACUUGCUGACUGGGGACGAGGAGGGAGCAUUUAGGAGAGGGUUUAGUAUCUACCAAAAGUACUUAACCUCAAGUAACCAAGAGUAAUGCAAACUUGCUUUAAAGGAACCAAAGGCAUUGCCAAGUAUUUGCCAAAAGGAGGCACUUUUUAUUUAAAAUUUGAGACUAACAAGAUCUCAACAGUCAGUCCCAAAAAGGUAUUAUCCAUUUAAGGUUAUAAUUUUCACAAAGAUGUAGAUAUUUCUCUGUUGUUUUCAUGUAAAAUAGUAUAGAUUUGUUUUGUUGGUUUAAGAAUAAUACAUAUUUAGUAGUAAUACGGAGUUUCUUCCUAAGUGCAGAUUAGUUUCCUUUUCUCUUGCUUGCAAUAGAAACACAGCGUGAUAGGUGUUUCUCUUCUUAUUUUCAUGGUCACAUUAUGUCUUAGCAUCUCACUUUAUGAAAACAAGGAGAAAGAUACCAACCUACAGAGCCCCGCUUACUAAAGCACUAGCUUAAUAAACAAAAAAAUUAUGGCAAUCGGGGGGUCCAUUCAUGUAUUGCCUUUAUGUUGUUUUUUAAAAGAAAACCAUGAUGCCUUUGUAUUUGCUGUUUGCACCCCUGAAAUCAAUUCCGUAUCGUUUGAAUGCCAUACAUUUUGCACAUGUACUGUACAUAGUAAUGCGUACUGUAUUUUUACAUGUGUGCACAUUUAUCAUCAGAUCUUUUGUACAUGGUGGCAGUAUUGUAGCCGGUCGGGAGACGUUUGAUAUCUCAGCAAUUUUGCAUUUUUGUGUCUCAAAUAAAAAACAUUUUGAUG